AUGAGAAUCAGCGUCAGAGGCAAGAAGAGCUGGUGUUCAUUCGAGUGGCGCAAGGACUUUGUGCAUACUCAAUAUCCUGCAAGAAUCCAGCAAAGCCAGGAACAGUCCGAUGCCAGAAACGGAUGGAAGAAAAGCAUAUGGACAGAUAAGGAGAAAGAAGACGGCCUAGACAUUGACGCAAUUGCCCUCAGCACCAGGCAGGCACUACAAAGACUGGAUCUGCCUGUCGCGUGGGACAUCAUUGCUGAGAAGAUGAACGAGCAUGGCGAGCAGAGCCUUCUCUCUAUGGACCGUCAAUUCCCAACCAUUCCCUCGAUCGACCUUGAGUUUUCAAGCACCGCCACUGGAAAAGAGCCCCUGACUGUUGGAAUUGUUGAUGCUGUCACCAGCAAGCCACUAUUGCACUGCAAGAUCGACCAUGGAAUCUCUGUCAACGAGCUUAUCAAACAACAAUGCGGUGACCGGACCGAUCAUGCAGCAAGGGUUACAGCUUCUCAUAUACGCAAAUGGAUGUAUGCAGAACUGCCAGCGCUCACCCCUCAUCAGCUAUUCGAUCGUCUACAAGAGCUCAACUUCAGCUUCAGUCUAGAAUGGCACACUGCGCUUCCAGAAAACGGUGACAUUGGCUUGCUGGAAAAGUUCUUCAGAAAGCACAAACUCGAUCCUGCAAAAGUCCUGCCACCCUUGGAGCGACGUUACUCUCCGGCAAGACUGCUUCGAUGGGAAUUGGCCUGGGCGAAUGGGAUCAAAUGGGAGGACCACGAGAUCAAGCGUUACUCACUUGAGCGCAUGUACCUGCUUCUUGUUCCGGAUGGCGAGUAUAAGUACAUCCAUCACGAUGCAGAGGUUGAUGCAAUCAAGCAGGCGGACGUGACGAGGGCGGUGCUCCAGCUUGUGAAGACCGGCGGUGACAAGGGCAAGGGCAAGGGCAAGCAUUGA